AUGAGGGAGUCCAAUUUUUGCAAUCCCGCCCAAAACAAGGCGAGCGUUUGCAUCUCAUCGGCUGUCUAUGAUCGGCGAGCCAUCGACUGCACAGCCACGUUGCCGCUCAUCAACUCGCUCAACCAUCUGGCCUACCUCACAUCUACCUCGCCACGCAUCCGUGAAAUGGUCACGUUAGAUGGAGGUCUCGAACGUCUGAUCCGCAUUCUUCGAACCGUACCCAAGUCGCCGUCUCCACAGGUUCGCGCUUUUUCCAUCAAGGAGAUGCAGGCCGUCUGGAAGUGGAGUCUCGCUUUUCAAUGCGUCGUCAACAUUGGUGUGCGUGGCAGCGAAAGCGUCCGUACUCGGGUGGUCGAGGCGGGCAUGGUGCCCGUCACCAUUCGCGUGCUCGAAUCGUAUCUGCGAAGCAUGGAUAGGCUCAAAGACGAACGACGCAAAGAGGCUAUGCUUCAGCAUCAACGACAAGAAGCGCGUCGAGACGAUCGCUCCAACCGAGAUCGCCUCGAGCCCGCCUCUAUAUCCCAUGCCCACAUCGCUACUAUCCAAGACGACGGCCGUGCGCGCCGCCAUCACGCCUCACCCGACGCACUCACCCACGCGCCAGUCCAUGCUGAUGCAACCUACUCCGCAGCUCCUCAAGUCGACCCUCUGCAGACCGCUCACUUUGCUCCUGCACAACCGAGCCGCAACGUGCCAGCACCUUCCAGCAUCCACGACCGUCUGCUUACAGAGACACGGCCGACUACGCCGCUCGAAGAUCCUGUCUCGGCGCGCCGCUCAUCCGUCUUUGCCAGUAUGGAAGCACAGAGCAGCGUCGACGACUUUCUUCCAUCCCAACCAUCCCCCAUGCCCGUCGUAGAUGCUGGCGAAGCUCAUCCUCCCAUGCCCUUGAUCGAUGCCAUCGAUCCUCUCUCCCUUGCUUCGUCCGGCGGCGCUCCUUCUGUAGCGCCAGAUGGCACCCCUCGAGCACUGUCGUCUGCACAGGCUCGCGCUGCCGACAUGGCUGGUGCAAGCUCAUCCGAAGAUCUGCGCAGCCACGCGGCCGAGGCCAGUGGCAGCGGCUCAGAUGGCGCUGAAGACGCCGAAAUGUUUGCGGAUGAUGCCGACGACAGCGAGGUAGAUGCCGCCCAGUCAUCCGCCACACGGUCCAUCGAUUCGGACCACAUGCCCAUCAACACCGAGCAAGAGAUUCGUGCCGACGAUGACGACGACGUGGAGGAACGACGAACCCCACGACCCGCUCGUCGCGUCCUGGCUCCUUUGUCGGGCCCUGACUCGCCGCCCCGGGCUGCUCACAGCUUUGUCACUCCUAAUAGACCCACCAAUGCCAUGGCGCCGGCUCUGUUCGAGCGACAGGACACAGUCAGACCCUCUCGGGACUUGCCAACUGCCUCUGGCUCCAGCCUCGCUGCCUCGACCAAUUUGGCUUCCACUGCGCUCGCCGCACAAGUAGGCUCUCAAGAUGCCUCUGACAAUCGCAAUUUGCUCUUUGAUCGUCAGCCAGCCCGCGAUCAGCAAAGCGUGACAGCACAUGCACAGCCUGAUGCAUCGCAACAGGCGCAACCUCUUUCCCGUCAACAUCAGUUUUACCAUCAUCAUCAUCACCACCACCACCACCAUCAUCAUGCACAGCAUCAGCAACACGCCAAUCAUCAGCAGAGACCUCAGUUGGCCCGUCACGACGAUCAGCAGCAGCAACCCCACCACCACCACCACCACCACCACCACCAACACCGAAGCAUCGCUCCUCGCGAUGAAGCGCGCACCGAGGCCACCCGGACCGCACAGCCCACUCCCGAAGCGCCGGUCGCCCAUCCAGCCGUCGUGCAGCUGAGCAAUCUCGCCGACACAAAUGCGCGCGCUGGCAUCGACGUUGUCUAUCGCGAAGAAGAGGUACUUCUCAGUCUGCAGCUGCUAGCCUACCUCUCCAAAUAUGCGCACGUACGUAUCCUGUUCCACUCUUCCGAUUUUACCGGAGCCUCGCUCAUGGGCCCGCUUGAUGCGCUCAGCGAUGAGCUCGAAAAGGCUACUAAACGCAACAAGAGCUGGGAUCCGUCCGAGCCUCCGCGCCGUAAUGUAUUCUCGAUUGCCGAAAAGUUCACGCUGCGCUCCUCUCGCAGUAAUUCGGCAGCCUACCCUGCGCCUCGACUUUCAAUGGAGAUUCAGUAUUGGGCCGGUGUUAUCAUGCGCAACGCAUGCCGCAAGGAUGAGUCGCGCGGCGGCAUCCGCCAAUGCGCCAACAUGCUGUGCGGAAAGUGGGAAGAAUAUCCUCGCGAGUUUGCCAAGUGUCGACGCUGCCGCAAAGCCAAAUACUGUAGCAAGCAAUGUCAGAGCAAAGGCUGGCAAAUGGGUCACCGCUACUGGUGCAGUGCCAAGGCAGACGAAGGCGAUGCCAAGGAAAAGGAACGUGAUAAGCCGACCGACCCCCACCGAGCCGGCCGUCAGGAAGAAGGAGACGGUGCUGCCUUGCGCGCCGUGCCUACAACCGCCCAAAUUGGUGACCAUGCGGAGUUCGCAGCUGGAUUCGCCAAUGCAGCGGAAGAUGGUCUUCACAACCCUGGCGUGCAAAGACUCAGGCGCACGGACGACGCCGACCUCGUCGAGAUGGACGACACCGACGCCACCAUGAGGCGAUGGCAAGCUGGAAACGCCGCCGACGGCUCUCACGACGUGCGCCUUGCACGUGAUGCCGGACCUCGCAUAAACUCACGCUCAGAUGUGAACUUGUCUUCGUCUGAGCAUGCUAGCGGGCGAGGGGGGCACUCGCAGCCUGUGGGGUUGGGCUCAGCUCAGGUUGGCACCUCGGACCCGAGAGACUCUGCGAUGCAUACUGCUUACACAGAUGCAAACAGUCAGGGCGAUGGUCCCUCACAGAUGCUUCCUCUGGUUUCUUCGGCAUCAUUGCCGGUCGAUACGAAUGUGGAGCCGAGGCACACCGCCGGUGUAAGCGAGGACGACGAUACGUGGAUGGCCAGUGCGCCAGGACCUGGGGCUCCGCGCCUCGGGAUGAUGCCUUCGCCCUACGCAGACGCAAGUGGUGUUGCUGGGCCCUCGACCUCCUCACCCUGGUAUGCUACUGGGCGUGACGGUGUACCAAAUGCCGACACCGGUGCGUCGAGUGCAUUCACAUCCAACACUUCAUCUCCUUCACGAGUUACGACGGUCGACCGCUCUGCACAACCAUCGCGCGGUGCUCGUCGUGGUGUGGUGCCUGGUUCUAUGGGCUUGCCCUCGACGAUGCUGCGCCAAGACCUGCGAGAUCGAAGAGUGACGAGCCUGGCGAGUCUGGACACUGUCGACGGUUCUGACAUCAGCGAGGACGAGACGGAACGGCGACUGGCUCAAACGCAGGGAAUUUUGCCGGCUUUCGCUGCGGCCGCCGCCGCGGCUGGUCUGCGUGCUAGGGAAGGCGAAGCACCACCGCAGGCACCUCAGCGCACGGAUCUCGCGGGCCGACCAUUGCCGCCUCCCGUCAUCGCAUCUCAAAAUGGCGAAGAGGAUGAACUUGCGCUUGGCGGUCGCGCCACGCCGGGUGUUAUUGGCGAGCAAGAUUUCGCGACAGGCGAGAUCGAUCAGAUGCUGGGUCACUGGGCUACCAGGAGACCAGGCGGCAUCGGUUUGCAGCAUAGGCUGGCCGAAGUGCGUGCUGACUUGCCUUCUCCCGAGCGAUCCUUGUCGCCUGAAGCAGGCGACUACGGCGCCCGUGUUGAGGCUUCUGAAGCAGUCAUGGGUGCUCGAUCGGAUGACGAAGAUCUGGGCUCAACAUCGAGAGCUGUCAGGUAUGCUGGGCUUUACGGCCAGGUACCCUUCCACGCUGGUAUCGUUCGCGGCCAAACGCCGCAGCCCCAUCAUCGCUUGAAUCAGCAAAGAUCAGCAAGUGGCUUCAGUCAAUUCGGCCCGCAUGGCGCGAGGUUCGGCUACGGUGAGUCGAUGGGCGAGCCUUCGACGCUGCAAGGCUACCGUCCGUCGAUGAUAUCUUCUCCGCUUGCGCAGACACCUGUUCGUCGCACAAGCGGGCAAGACCUCGACGAGACCUCGACCAAUGUGGUCAACAAUUUGGAACAAGCUGCACACAGUCUUAGGCAUGUCCAUCAGCGACCGGCGAGCAGCAGUGGCAUCCUUUAUGGUAGCGAAGACGUCGCCAUGACGAAUGGUGUCGGCACCGAGCGCGAAGCCGGUGGCUUGAUGCACUCGCGACUAUCAUCAUUCCCGGAUGAGGUGCUGGAGGACGUCGAUGAUCGCGAUUCCAUUAGCAUGGAGCUCUGA